AUGCUGUUCGCCUUAGGCACAGCACAAAGAUUACAAACUUUUUCAAAAAUUAAAAUAGAUAAUAUUUAUCAAAGAACUGACUUCAUAGAUAUUUUAAUACCGGAUAUCCUAAAAACAUCAGGCCCCGGUAGGAUCCAACCUAGACUGAGAUUCAGCUUCUUUAGAGAGACCCCAGAGCUAUGUCUAUCUAGCACAUUGAUAGAAUUUUUAAGUAGAAGUCAGAACAUAAUAAUAUACGGGAAAAAUUCUAGGACUGGCUGGAAUAAAUACUGGAACAUUCUCUGGGUACUAGGCAUACAGCUGUUUCUGCAGCCUACAGAUCUGAUAGCAGUUUUUUCAUAAAUAGCGUACUAGCUGGUACGGAAAACAAACAACUCAGGUCACGCAGGGAAUAGUUACAUUACUACCUACUAAAAUAUUGUGUUAGACUCUAGUUACGUUUGUUGGUCUAUAACAUAUGGGUUCAGAAUAAGGACGUUUCUAUAUCGUAUGUUCUAUUUCUUGUUACGUUCUUGUUAUUGUAUAUAAACUAAUUGUUAGUUGUUCUGCCUUAAUUAAUAUAUAUAAAAAAAAAGUUAAGGAAAU